UAUAUAGCUUAGACUCUUGGCCAGUUUUAUCCAAAACCGGUCAAACGUUCUAAGAUAAAAUAUAUUUUUGCGAGAUAUUUUGUGGUAGAAAAUGAAGACAGUUGCAUUUUGUUUUACUCUGGUUCUUGCAGUAUCAACUGCUACCUUUUUGGAAAGAGGUGUCGCCCCUGAUGUCACGGCAACGGAGGUGAAAUCUGGCUUUGUCGUGAUACAGGCCUUUAAUAGCCCAGGUGUGGUUUGUGAUGAAGGAAAAGGUGCAGCAGCUGCUGAAAUUGGUUGUGGAGGAAAAUCGUUCAAGAGUGUGAGUGCCGGUGAAGAUACAUAUUCAUUAUUACAAGAUAUGGGUAUUGAAUUUGGUAUCAAGCUUAACUGUGACGGUGCUGCUGACUGGAGUGGUUGUCAAAGUGAUGGCAUGGGAGCUCCGACUGUAUGUUCAGCGUUCGUCGGAUGCGCUUAAGCGAGAUUAUCUGAAUAGCCUCAACGAAAGAUGCAUGCCUGGAUGUGAAUAAAUGACGACGGAAUACAACAGUGGACCGGAUAUACUACAAUUGUUAUAAUGAAUUCCACUUCACUUGUUUUAAUUUGGAUUUAACUUAAUAAAUGGUUUUGCUCAAA